UUCUCCUUGGCUUCUGUGAUGUCACACUGGGACUGCUUUCCUUCCACCCUGGGCUGUGGCUUCCAAGGCUGCUGUGACCAUGGGGCUCCUGGAGCCAGCAGAGGGGAGGGAGCCUGGAGGCUCUGAUCCCCCCUGGGGGCACAGAAGGUCCAGCCAUGCCGCUCUUGAAGGAUGCCACACCCCACAUGAAGGAGAGCCAUCCCCUGCCUCAGGCCCUACUCCCCUGGAUCCUCCCAAGCCUGUUUGCUGCCUUCAACGUAGUGCUGCUGGUCGUUUUAAGUGGCCUCUUCUUCGCAUUCCCUUGCAGGUGGCUGGCCCAGAACGGGGAAUGGGCCUUUCCCGUCAUCACAGGCUUCCUCUUUGUCAUCACCUUCUUCAGUCUUGUUUCUCUCAACUUCUCAGACCCUGGCAUCUUGCAUCAAGGCUCCAACGAACAGGGCCCCAUGAUGGUGCAUGUGGUAUGGGUGAACCACAGGGCCUUCCGCCUGCAGUGGUGCCAAAAGUGCUGCUUCCACCGCCCUCCCCGGACCUACCACUGCCCCUGGUGCAACAUCUGUGUGGAGGACUUUGACCACCACUGCAAGUGGGUCAAUAACUGCAUCGGUCACCGCAACUUCCGCUUCUUCAUGCUGCUCGUCCUGUCCCUAUGCCUUUACUCGGGCGCCAUUUUAGUCACCUGUCUGAUUUUCCUGGUGCGCACGACCCACCUGCCGUUCUCCAUGGACAAGGCUAUCGCCAUCGUGGUGGCUGUACCCGCCACCGGUUUCCUGGUGCCACUCUUCCUGCUCCUGCUGAUCCAGGCCAUGUCGGUGAGCGCGGCCGAGCGUUCCUACGAAGGCAAGUGCCAACACCUGCAGGGAUACAACCCCUUCGACCAUGGCUGUGCCAGCAACUGGUAUUUAACAAUCUGUGCACCGCUAGGACCCAAGUACAUGGCCAAAGCUGUCUGGCUGCAGAGAGUGGAGAUGCCUGACUGGGUGCCCGUGCACAAUCCGCACAUCUCCGUGUGCCCUCCUGUGCUCAGUCCUAACCCUCCCUGGGCCUGGGUCUGGCUCCCAGCCCCAACCUCUGGGUCUUUACAAACCAGGGAAGGGUCCCCCAGGGAGUGGUGAGGCUGCAGCCCUCCAGGAGGUGAGGAGUGUGUGCCUGUGUGUGCUGGGAGGGGGCGUCUGCCCAUAGUACGGGUGUCGGGGACCCCCCUCCCUCCCAUGUUGGGCUGCCCUGAAGCUGGAGCACUCAGAGCUCAGGGGAUGGAGAUUUUAGGCUGGAGGAGUGUUGGAGGUAGAGUCACAGGUCUCCAGAAAACACCAGGGGUCCCUGGAGACACAAAGGGAAAAGGCCACACCAUUCACUUGCCGGAUGGCCUUGGGCCAGUCAUUUAUUCCUUCUGGGCCUCAGUUUCUUCAGCUAUUAAUGAGGACUGAGACUAGUUCAGUGGUUUAUAAUUGGGUUGGGGGGCAGAUUCCCCUAUUUAAAGGCACCUUUUGCGCUGAAGCCCAGUCUGUGAACCAUAUGGAAGUGGAGCAUUAGGAUGUCCCACACACCAGGCACCUGCAGGGACAUUCUGGGUGCCAACCCACUCCCUUUGCUCUGCCUGUAGGGGGCGGUGGCUUGGACGGUUUCUUGCUCCCCGGUUGGGUGGGCUGGGGGGCGGGUUUCGGGGAAAGCACCCAUCCCCCACUCUAUGUUUAGCUCCAGGCUGGCCCGGUGCUGCCCCCGCUGCGGGAGGCCCCCAGGCGAAGCUCCGUCUGCCUCUCGCCCUUUCGCACUGGCCGAUGCCAGGAGCCCCUGCACCCGAACCCCACCUCUUGAGCCCCUCGUGGAGACCUCUGUGCCCUGCCCUUACCCACCCCCCUGGCGGGAGUGCUGGGAGGCCCCAAAGCCCAUUAAAUACCCUUUGCCU